CUCACACUCCCAGAGGCUAUUUCGGCAAUUUUGUCAACGAUUGAGACAAUAAGAUUGCGGCAUGAAGCCCAAGCCGAUCUUGAGGCGAUAUUCAAACAACACGAAAAGAAGAAGCUGCAACAUGCGUUUUUGCUGAGGUGUUCGCCUCGUCAGGCAGUGCAAUCCAAGGCUGACGAGAGGCGAAACAAUUAUCGACAUUUUCUGAAGAGUGUUGAUGAUGAAUUAGUCAUUCCUUGCGCUCUUGGCCUUGGACAAACAACUAUUGGAUGCAUGAGAGAACAUAUACGCCUUCGUCUUCCGUCAGCCAUUCAA